AUGAUCACGGGUCCGUGCCGAUUUGGCCGCCUUCGACCUCGGAUGAACCGAGACCCCCAGCUGUGGGCUGACUUACCCUUGGCGUUGCGAAGGAGAAACUGCCGAUCUAACGAUUCCAAUUGGAUCGUCCUCAUGGACAUCGACGGUAGCGAACCGGAAAGGAAAGGCCAGCGACGAGUCGUCGGAACGUGGGGCCAUGUUGCACUUGUAGUGACGAAGGCCACCAUCGAAUUUUCGUUGGUUUCACUCGACUGUCUUUCGGCAACGGCCAUUCAGGAGCGGAAAGAGCCGAAUCGAAGAAUCCCUCGGGAUGGCACUCGGCUCCUGCGGAGACUUCUCGCUGCUCCAGUCCCGUUUGCACGCUUGUGUCACUUGCUUGCGGGGACGUCGGUAUUCGACGGCGAGAGGCACCGGUGUCUGCGGAAGACGGCGACGGUGUUGGUGCUGAACCUGGCGGCGGCGGACCUGGGGAACUCCCUCAUGCAUUCCAUGGCCACCGUCUCCUCCUUCAGCCACGGAUGGCAGUUCGGCAACUCAGGGUGCAAAUUUUACGCCGGGAUGGUGGGGCUGUUCGGUCUGGUGUCCAUCAUGACGCUGUCCGCCAUCGCCGUGGAGAGGUGCCUCGUCAUCGCGUCGUCUGCGAAAUUCUCCAAGCCCACGCCUGAACUCGCCAAAAGGGUGUGCGUCGGAAUCUGGUUCUACUGCCUGGUCCUGGUGAUUCCCCCAUACUUGGGAUGGAGCGACUACGUCCCCGAGGCGUUCCUCACGUCCUGCACCUGGGAUUUCUACACCCGGACUCUAAGUAACAGAGCGUAUUACCUCUUUCUCCUGCUCUUCGGAUUCGUCGUUCCCGUUUCCAUCAUCUUCUGGGCUUAUAUUUCCAUCAUCUGCACAUUCCGACACGUCAAGGAUAUGGGAGAGACUUCGGAGAAGCGGAACGAAAAUAAACGGGAAGCACGAAAACGAACCGAGUUCUGGGUGGCCAAGAUCGUCUUUGUCCUCAUCGUUCUAUUCCUGGUCUCCUGGACCCCGUACACGAUCGUCAGCUUCAUCGCCAUCUUCGGGGACAUCGAUCUGAUCACCCCCUGGGUCUCGGCCGCUCCGGUCGUCUUCGCCAAGGCGUCCGUCGUCUACAACCCCAUCGUGUACGGGAUCUCCCACCCGGCGUUCCGCUUCAACCUCAAGCGGACGAUCAUCAAGAUUCUGAGCGCGAACAUGAGCGAGGAGGGGAAGGAGGUGUUUCCACCAUCGUCCUCUGAUGCGUCUCGCCUACGAAACAACGCCGGACGACUCCCUGGUGACUCAGUAAACACGGGUCGGAUCCUGACCCGUUUCCGCGACUAUCACCGCGAGGCGGAGAGCGUCGGCAACGACUCCAUCGCCUCCUGUCCCGCCGAGGAUCGCAGCGUCGACCACGGCCGGAAUCGCGCCCCCAACGAGAAGACGGUGCGAUUCAAGACUCCCGAGCGCAAGCAAAUCCCCGAUGGUUCUCUGAAGAAGAAAGAGAGGAAGAGUUCCAGAGCGAAGAAGGAUUCUCUGACGGAUGAGAGUAAUUACAUCACGCUGAAUUGCAAGGAAAAUGGGGAAACCGUGAUCCGCAUCUCCAAUAGUAAAGUCUCUUCGAGGAAAGAUUCCACAUCUGGAGUUCUCGACAGCAAUCAGCUAGUCCAGCUGCUCCUUACUGCUCUCCAGAAAAAAGGGCAUCCACCCUCAGAAAACGAAUACGGUGUCCCCGUCUUCAAGCCUAAAGGACUAUCGCACAGCCAGCAGCACAGAGUUCGGACAGUGACCUUGGUGGGUCCCCCCACAGUGACCUUGAAGGGUUCCCCUCCAGUGACCUUAAGGGCUCGCGUCAUUUGCCUCUCAGCCCUUAUUCGUUCCCCGACCUUUGGAUAUCUGAAAUUUUCUGGGUGUUGAGCGAGUU